AGAGGUAGAAAAUAACAAAUGCUUCUCGCUGAGGGCCUCGCCGUAGAGACGUUUCCCGACUACACCAAUUGCUUGCUGCCGGCCUGCUGCUCCUACAAUGCUUUCGACGGCCUUUGCAUGUGUAUCGACGUUUUGGCUGCGACCACUUGGGCUGACCAUUGUGCUUUGAUCGGUUGGAAGUCUAUCACCACUCUCCACCCCUCGUACGCCUUCUUCCCUCCAUCCUCCCCUUUCUUCCGGCCCGUCCGGCAACAUCUUCGCUCUCGAGAUCCCGCCUACGAUGCCUUUCUUCGCAACCGUAGCCGCCUAUGCGGCGCCGGCAUUCCUCAUUUUUUCGCCGAUCCUGUCGUACACCGAUCAAGCGAUAUCUAUGCACCGGGCGAGGUCAAGCGCUGGCUUCUCCCUCGAUACACCGUUGAUUAUGCUGGUUGCGUCGAUAUUCAGGGUCUUCUACUAUCCCGGCGCGAGAUUUGACGUAGCAUUGUUGAUUCAAUCUUUCUGCAAUAUAGUUAUCCAAGUGAUCCUCCUCAAGAUUGCCCUCGACCAUCGACCGCCGCCGUCCUCGAAAGGAGGCGAGGCUGCGCUCCCCUUCGCGGGAGCCCAUGACGGGCACUCGCAGUUUCAGCGACCGUACAAUUUCUGGCAGUGGCGGUCACCAAAGCCCUACUGGCACUUCCUGCUGUCCUUGUUCGUCGGAUUAACCGCACUCGAGCUGGUCCUCGCGCCAUUCGAAUCGAUUUAUCCUAGAUAUUCCGCUUUGCUAGGAACCAUUGGUCUCUCCAUCGAGGCGACAUUGCCGCUUCCGCAGCUCUUAACCAAUGCACGCUCGCGAUCUUGCACAGGAUUUCGCUUCUCCGUGUUAGCUAGCUGGAUAGUCGGUGAUGCGAUGAAGAUGUUUUGGUUCUUUACGGCAACCACGGCGAUACCGUGGGCCUUCAAGCUCUGCGGCAUCUUCCAAGCAGUGUGCGACUCUCUCCUUGGCGUCCAGUAUUUCAUGUAUGGCAGUCAGCAAACUGCGACGAGAGCGCGCCAGGGAUGGUCGCAUUCCGAUGCGAAGGCGAGUUCCGCGCCCCAUCACGGGUGGCAGACGCCGACGUCUGGGAGGAGAACGCCGCUGGGGGAGAAGACAUUCUGAACGACGAACGGUUGCAUCUCUUCGUCGCCUUUUCUCGCACCGUAACAUACGUAUUCAAGGGCACAUUGCAGCUUAGACGGCCACUAAGAACUACCUACGUAAGGCCGACAUGCCGUCACGAUGAACUCCUAAAAAGGCCUCUAGAUCUGAGGCGUGUACGCAUAUGGGUGGGUGUCUGCUACUACUUCCUGCUAGGCUAGAGGCACCUCAGAAGGUGAAGCAGAAUGCACCCAUCUUUGGCCGAGUAUAUUUCUCCGUAGGCGUAUGUAGGAUAUGGAGAUAGGUACCUAUAUAGGUACCUGGGUACUGGACACCUAACACCCGUCACUACACGUAGACGCGCCUAGGUACCUAGAUACCUAUAACAAAUACAGGUAAAUGGGCGGACCCCUCCAAGCCCAAGCCA